CGUAACCGGGAAUUUACCGCCUUUAUCACCACCUUAGCCGGCGUAUAUAUACGGUUAUACACCUAUAUAUAUGGAGAGAGAGUGUCGCACACAUAAGAAAAAUCAAGUAUCGGAUUAGCUAUGGCGCAAGGAGUGGAGGAGAAGAUCGAGGAGGUGUUUGAUUCAACAGCGGCGUCGUUUUUGGUCAAAGACCUGAAGCAGAGCUUCGCCUCUGGUAAGACUCGGAGCUACGAAUGGAGAGUUUCGCAGUUGAAGAGUAUUAUGAAACUGGUCAACGAUCACGAGCGAGAGGUGGUUGAUGCUCUUCGCUCCGACCUGUCCAAGCCCGAAUUCGAAUCCGUCGUCUAUGAGCUAUCUAUGUUGAAGAACUCAUGUAAAGGGGCUCUUAAGCAACUAAAGCGUUGGAUGAUACCAGAAAAGGUUAAAACUUCAAUGACCACUUUCCCUUCUUCAGCUGAGAUAGUGUCUGAACCAUUAGGUGUCGUAUUAAUCAUUUCAGCAUGGAACUAUCCUUUCUUGCUGUCCCUGGAUCCUGUUGUUGGAGCUAUUGCAGCUGGUAAUGCUGUUGUUCUGAAACCAUCAGAAGUUGCUCCAGCCACAUCCUCAUUGCUUGCUAAAUUACUAAGUGAAUAUUUGGAUAAAUCUUGUGUAAGGGUUGUUGAGGGGGCUGUGGCCGAAACAUCUGCGCUGUUGGAGCAAAAAUGGGACAAAAUUUGUUACACAGGCAAUGGGAAGGUAGGUCGCAUUGUGAUGCAGGCUGCUGCAAAACACCUUACGCCUGUUCUUUUGGAGCUUGGUGGAAAAUCUCCAGUUGUUGUUGAUUCAAGCGUCAAUUUACAAGUCGCUGUGAGGCGGAUAAUUGCUGGCAAGUGGUGUUGUAAUAAUGGACAAGCUUGCAUUUCUCCUGAUUAUAUCAUAACAACUAAAGAUUUUGCUCCCAAGUUGGUAAGGUUCCUGAUAUACUACAUUGCAGAUCUCAAUCGGCACUCACUUUAUUUCUUUUCAACUAAAAUCCCUAUUUUUCUUCAGGUGGACACUCUGAAAGAGGAGUUGGAGAAAUUUUACGGGAAGAAUCCAUUGGAAUCAAAAGAUUUGUCUCGUAUUGUGAAUUCAAACCACUUUGCUCGCUUGUCAAAGCUCUUGGAUGAUGAAAAGGUUUCUGGUAAAAUCGUUCUUGGAGGCGAAAGGAAUGAAACCGACUUGAGGAUUGCCCCCACCAUCUUGCUAGAUGUGCCACGAGAUUCUCUGAUCAUGAGUGAGGAAAUAUUUGGUCCCCUGCUUCCAAUUAUUACGGUUGACAAAGUAGAAGAUAGCUUUGAUAUUAUCAGCUCGGGAACAAAGCCCCUCGCCGCAUAUUUAUUUACCAGCAACAAUAAGCUUAAGAAGCAGUUUGUUACGACCGUAUCUGCUGGGGGUGUUGUUGUCAAUGACACUACCAUACAUCUUGCAGUUGACACACUUCCAUUUGGAGGAGUAGGCGAGAGUGGAACGGGUUCUUACCAUGGGAAAUUUUCUUUCGAUGCCUUUAGCCAUAAAAAGGCGGUUGUCUAUCGAAGUUUUCUCGGCGAUGCAGCAAUAAGGUACCCACCUUACACAUUGGGAAAGCAAAGGCUGCUAAAGGCGCUCAUGGGUGGUAGCAUAGUAUGCAUAAUCCGAGCAUUGUUCGGAUGGUCUUAGGCUUAGCAACUCUGAAUGCAUGUGAGAGUUUGUUGUAGGUUUUUCUCUAUAUAUGGAUCUUUUGUUUUGAUUUCAAUUUAAACACGUUUAAUUUAUUCUGGGAAUGGAAAUAAAAUUUGCUGUA